AUGAAAAAUAAAACCGUGUUGACUGAGUUCAUCCUGCUGGGUCUAACAGACGUCCCUGAACUCCAGGUGAUGGUUUUCAUCUUUCUGCUCCUCGCCUAUUUACUCAGCAUCAUUGGAAGUCUGACAAUCCUCAUCCUCACCUUGCUGGACUCUCAUCUUCAGACCCCCAUGUAUUUCUUUCUCCGAAACUUCUCCUUCUUAGAAAUUUCCUUCACAAGCAUCUUCAUUCCCAGGGUCCUGAUCAGCAUCACAACAGGGAACAAGAGUAUCAGCUUUGCUGGCUGCUUUGCUCAAUAUUUCUUUGCCAUAUUCCUGGGGGCCACGGAGUUUUACCUUCUGGCUGCCAUGUCCUAUGACCGCUAUGUGGCCAUAUGCAAACCCUUGCAUUACACAACCAUCAUGAGCAGCAAAGUCUGCACCCAACUUGUUCUCUGCUCUUGGCUGGCUGGGUUAAUAGUUAUUAUACCACCAAUCACUCUGAUGAGUCAGCAGGACUUUUGUGAAUCCAAUAGGCUGAAUCAUUAUUUCUGUGACUAUGAGCCCCUUCGGGAACUCUCAUGUUCAAACACAAAACUCAUAGAGAAGGUUGUCUUCCUUGUGGCAUCGGUGACCCUGGUGGUCACUCUGGUGCUAGUCACUGUCUCCUACACGUCCAUCAUCAGGACUAUUCUGAAACUCCCCUCUGCCCAUCAAAGGACAAAAGCCUUUUCCACUUGUUCUUCCCACUUGAUUGUCAUUUCUCUCUCUUAUGGAAGCUGCUUCUUCAUUUAUGUUAAGCCCACAGCAAAAGAAGUGGACACAUUCAACAAAGGAGUAGCUCUACUCAGUACCUCAGCUGCACCUUUGCUAAAUCCCUUCAUUUACACCCUAAGGAAUCAACAGGUAAAACAAGCCUUCAAAGAUACCGUCCAGAAGCUCAUGAGUCUUAAAGAAUUUCAGGAUUAA